AUCCGGUCAGCCGCAGAGGCAUUGGAGGCAUCGUCACAGCAACUCGGGCUGCCGUCACUGCUGCUUUAGGCUUAUAGUUGGUUGGUGCUCGGUGUCUGCGGCGGCGCGGUCUGCGGCUCCUCCCGUCGACCAGGAUGGCCCUCUUCGGAUCGCUCAUGAGAGACUUGGACAGCGACCCCUUCUUCGGUCCGUUUGAAGGCAUGAGGCAGAUGGAGGCCAUGCUGGGCCCCAUGCUCGGAGCAUUCCCAGGACUCGGGGGCACACGACGUUCAGCCAGCCUUGGGCUGUUCCCUACCGACAUGUUCUCCACCAUUGGCCGCCUCUCUCAGGACCCGAACUGCCACAGCUUCUCGUCAUCCUCGGUGAUGACGAUGACGACUGAUGAGAAUGGGCGACCGCAGGUCUACCAGGCCACCCAGUCAACUCGCACUGCCCCAGGGGGGGUGAAGGAGACCCGGCGAUCACUGCAGGACAGUCGGUCAGGGCUGCAAGAGCUGACGAUUGGCCACCACUUGGAUGACCGGGCACACAUUGUGGGACGCAAGCGCAAUCGCCUGACAGGAGAGGAGGACCAGAGCGUGGAGUACGUCAACCUGGACGAGGAGGAGGCCGAGGGCUUCGGCCACGAGUGGCAGCAGAGGGCACAGUGCAUGAGCCGGCCGCACUCCAUGUAUGCCGCUCUGCCAAGCCGCACUGUACCAGCCCUUCCCCCCACCAGGCUUGGACAAAUAAGUCAGUCACUUCCCGCUUUUCACGAUCUCUGGACACUGUCUGAACCAUGCGAAGUUUUCAGACAAGCUUCAGUGUCCAGCAGCCACAGCAUCGGCCUAAACGGAGGGCCAAGCAGCGACCACGCCACGAGACCAGCAUGUAAGGCUGCUUGCAAGGGGUGCUGUGGGCAUUCACAAUGGCAGUCCUCCCUUGGGUGUCACACAAGUUGUGCACCUAGGGACUCCAGUUCCUUCCUGUCAACCCGGAAAGCAUUAAUCCUCUCUGCAUAUAUGCAGCCAUUGGCAUGAAUAGCCAGAUUGUCAGCAUGCACAUUACACUGGUUGUAAACUGGCACAGGAGCUAAUAAAGUUGCGGUCUUUUUUUUUC